AUGGCAAUUAGACCAAUACAUUUGGCAGCAUAUAUGCUAGACCCUACAACUCAGGGAUUAGAACUUACUCAAGAGGAAGAACUUCAGGGUAUGGAGUUUAUCUACAAUUUAAGUCACCACUUGAGUUUGUUUAAUGUAAUGGCAGAUUUGGCGUGUUACAAAGCUAAAGAAAACUUUUGGGCCAGACCAUUUCUAUGGAGCUCAUUAGAUAGUAUUGAGCCCAUAAUAUGGUGGAAAGGUAUUUGUGGUUCCACCGAGCUUAGCAAAGUAGCGAUUCGUAUUCUAUCAGCUCCGUGUACUUCUGCAGCCACCGAGCGUUCCUUUAGUAUCCAAGGCUACAUACAUAAUAACAAAAGAAAUCGACUUACAACUGAAAGAGCUGAAAAAGUUCAUUUGUUAUAA